UUUCUAAACCAUCUAUCAUAUUAUUAUUCUUCUCCAAAAUGCUAUUCAUUGAGCCAAGUUUUAAAAAGCUCAACGCAGAAGUGUCUGGAAAUCCAGUUGUGCGUAAGCUGUCGACUGUAAAUGCCUUGUCUCUGACAGCUUUCGGUCGUUCAAUGGUUAUUCUCAGAGACGUUUUUGAGUUCGAUUUUCUACUGAUGAAUACAGUGGCUGUUACAAUUGCAUGGUUCUCGUUUGGUUGGAUUUCCACCAAGAACUACUUCACAGUUUGGAGAUUGAACAGUUUGUCACUUGUUGCCUGUGGAUUUUUCACAAUUAUCUGCGCGAAUCAAUACAUUUGUGAUAAUCACUCCUGGAUUGUUUCAUUUUCGACUUUUUUCUUCACCGCCCAUGUUCGUCUGACAAAUGCCACAAUUUCUAGCAUCGAACUUCCUGAAAAGACGAGAAGAUCUCAUGAACACAUCAAACUUCACCGACUUUUAGUUCUGAUCUUUGUAUUUUACAUCGGAUUAAUUUUGGCUAUUAAAAACGGUUAUCACUUGACGCUUGUGUUCGGCAUUAUGAUUGUACUGACUGGUGUCAGGUUUGAGAUGAUUCCAGCUGAAGUUCAAAAGGAAAAAAGUAAGGCGAAGAUGGAAUAAGUGAUAAUUGAUAUUUUUUGAUUUUAUAUUCCCAGUUUAAUUGCUUGUUUUAUCCAAUUUUCGUAAAUACAUUUCAACAAUUUU